AUGAAGUUUCUCACUGGCCUCAUUUUCUGCUCCCUGAUCCUGGAGGUCAUCAGCUGGUUUUCAUUUAUUCAUGAGGCUUAUCAAGGGGCUGAGGACAUGUGGCAAGUCAACUCUGAUGCGAAGAAGGCCAACUGGAGAGACUCAGACAAAUACUUCCAUGUUAGAGGCAAGUAUGAUGCUGCCAAAAAGGGUCCUGGAGUCAUGUGGGCUGCUGAGGUCAUCAGUGAUGCAAGAGAGAGUUUUCAGAGUCUCAUAGGUCUUGGACACGAGGAUUUCAUGGCAGAACAGGAAGCCAACAGAUGGGGAUGCAGGGGCAAAGACCCCAAUCAUUGA